CAACAAACCAACCACCAUGCAAGGACACAUUGCGCGGUAUCGGACAGCGGCGGCGGUGGAGAUUUGCGUCAAGCAGGACACAAGACGUGUAGAUGGGAUGGGAGGAGAAGUGUGGCCUGGAGCGCAUGUUCUCUGCGCGCACUUGGAGACGCAUGUCGUGGCGUUGGACAUCCUCCGCGCGUCCGUCCUCGAACUUGGAGCCGGGUGUGGGUUGUGCGGCCUGGUGACAUCCGCGUUGGGUGCCCAGCACGUGGUUCUGAGCGACGAAUACCCUGAUUUGCUCCAGCUGAACAUUGACCUGAACAAGGACUGGCUGCAACGCCCCGUGGAGGUGCGGGAGUUGGAAUGGGGCCAGCGCCACCACGUUCCGGUGGAUAUGACGUUCGACAUCAUUUUGGGGAGCGAAAUCACCCAAGUCGGUCGCAAGGCGCAUCCUCCGCUCCUUCAAACGAUUUCGUGGGUGUUUCAUGCCAAGAGCGUGGCGCUGCUGUCCAUGGACGCAUGUCGGUCGUCGUGCGAAGGCGAGUGCGAUCCGUUGAAGUGCACUGCCUCUCACUUUGUCAGCGUCUCGCGCGAGUUUGGCUUUGACGUGACGAAGCAUCCGUCCGUGUGUCUCACGUCCAUGGCGUCCGUCAACGCCUGCGUCGGCGCUUUGGGCCGCAAGUGGCCGCUCGAUGGCACCGAGCUCAGUGCCGUGUUUGAGUUACGACGACGGAGCGACCAUCACGAAUAACAGAGCCAUGUUAUUCUACUGUACUGUUGUUACUCUAUCAAACGUCUGGAUAGUUAGUAAUAACUUUAAGGAGGAAAUGCUACAGUAUGUACCUGCGGAA